GCACAACCCCUCUUUCUUUGCAUCCAAGAAUCCUCCGAAAUUACUCCAAACCGAAGACCAAUUCUCCCCCAUUAAACCAAACCGAGAGCUGCUAAUGCUAUGAUUACAAUUCGGUUUGUAAGCAUCCGCCAUAUAUGAAAAGCUUUUGAUUGGAGAUUUACGAUAUCCGAUAUCCGCAUGCAAUUUUGUGGUAAAUUUUGUAGACGGUGAUGUGGGUUUUGAGAUUGAGCAGAGAUUUAGGUUGAAAAUCUAGGGUUUUAAUCAUCUCAUUGUCAAAAAGUUUCGUCUUUGGGUUAUAUUAAUAUGCGAAAGAAGGAGAAUGGUUAGAAUUACAUUGAAGAAAAUCGUGUAUCCUUGUUGGAAGCCAUUUAUGGAAGGAGAUAGUCAAAAUAGCGGUAGAAAGGGGGAUUUCGGUGGAAUUGUGGAUGGAUUAUGGUGGUAUGAGGACUCUGGAAAACAUGUUAAUGGUGAUUUUUCAAUGGCGAUGAUCCAAGCCAAUAGCGUGUUGGAGGAUCAAUGUCAACUUGAAUCCGGAUCAUUAAGCUCAAUCGAACAUGGGCCUCAAGGAACCUUCGUUGGAGUCUAUGACGGACAUGCUGGCCCUGAAGCUUCAAGGUUUAUCAAUAAUCACCUCUUCAACAAUAUCAAAAAAUUGACAUCAGAGAAUGAAGGAAUGUCAGAUGAUGUUAUACGCAAAGCAUUUUUGGCAACUGAAGAGGAGUUUAUCUCUUUAGUUGAGAGCGAAUGGCUAAGCAAUCCAAAAAUGGCAUCUGUAGGGUCGUGUUGUUUGGUUGGUGUAAUAUGCAAUGGAGUGUUGUACGUUGCAAAUGCAGGGGAUUCUCGUGCAGUUUUGGCAAGAGAAGAGAAAGGCAUCAAUGGAUUCAAAGGUGUUAGGGUUUCAGAAGAACACAAUGCCAGUUAUGAAUCUGUUAGGGAAGAACUACGCUCAUUGCAUCCAAAUGAUCCAAAUAUUGUAGCAUUAAAGCACAAUGUCUGGCGUGUGAGAGGUCUUAUCCAGAUUUCUAGGUCUAUUGGUGAUGUCUAUUUGAAGAAACCAGAGUUCAAUAAAGAACCUUUAUUGCCAAAAUUUAUACUUCCAGAACCCUUCAAUCAGCCUAUUCUAAAAGCCGAACCUUCUGUAUUGGUUCAGAAGCUCACUCCAGAAGAUCAGUUUCUUAUUUUUGCAUCUGAUGGCCUUUGGGAACAUCUUUCUGAUCAAGAGGCUGUUGAUAUAGUCAAAUCUUCUCCACAAAAUGGAAUUGGGAGGAAGCUUGUGAAAGCUGCACUUCGUAAAGCAGCAAAGAAGAGAGAAAUGAGAUACUCAGAUUUAAAGAAAGUAGGGGUAGAGGGAGGUGUAAGAAGACACUUUCAUGAUGAUAUUACAGUUAUAGUCUUGUUUCUCAACCAUAAUUUGUCAUCCUCUGCAACUCCCGUAUCGUUUAAAUGUUCUUCAUAAAGUCCUGAAAAACUGAAUUCAGGGAUUUUUUUAUUUCUAUUGAGAAAGGUUUUUGAUGUUUAGAAUUGGAGUAAUAAAACAUGGUUGAUGAUUAUGCCAAGAAGAAGAAGCUCUGGUGAUUGGCAUAUGAAGCUGAUUUGCAGUUGGGUUGUUCUUUGUUAUUCAAACACAAACACUAGUUUCAUGUUUCUAUUGGAAUUAAUCUUCAUUGUUUUGUUGUUA